CGCAGAACAACCCUCAACUUAUUCAUCCCGAAGUUUUUCCCUUAAGACGAAACGGAACGAAAUGAGUGAUUCAAUCAGGAAAUAUGAAUUUUUCCGAACCCCGGCAUCCGACACGAAGUCCUCCUCCACCAUCCCGAUGCGUAGUGGAGGCGCGCUGGGUGGUGCAGUAGCGCAGACUGCGCGACCCGGUUUUCGAUAUCGAGCGGUUGGCCCUCCUGAACGACUCCAAAGGCAGUCUGCGCCCGGCCUUUCACCAUCCCGAUGACCCAGCACGGAAGGCAGCUCUCGACGCCAUGACCCGUGCCGCGCUGUGCAGCGUGCUUGUGGUUCUCGUGGUGCUGGCCGCAGCCAUCGAAGACGAUGACCCCCCGUACGACAACUACACCACACCAAGACCUUCACGGAAACAUCCCACCCUCUUCAUACCGCCCCCAACAACCACCAGGAAUCCCCAUCAGAAGCACAACGUAUCCAACGAAACCAAAGCCGAUCCCCUGUUUCCUCCGGAUCUGUUCACGCUCGAGCAGAGGAAGAAUGGAGCCAUCCUCUUGCAUAUUCUCGGUGUUGUAUAUAUGUUUGUCGCGUUGGCUAUCGUUUGUGAUGAAUUCUUCGUGCCAGCUCUGGACGUUAUCAUAGAGAAGCUGGACAUACAGGACGACGUGGCCGGUGCUACCUUCAUGGCAGCUGGAGGCUCGGCUCCUGAACUUUUCACCAGUGUCAUCGGAGUAUUCGUGUCCUUUGACGAUGUUGGUAUCGGUACCAUCGUUGGUUCAGCCGUGUUCAACAUUCUUUUCGUUAUUGGCAUGUGCGCGAUCUUCUCCAAGACUGUGCUCACGCUCACAUGGUGGCCGCUCUUCAGAGACUGUUUCUUUUACUCCAUGAGCCUCAUAGCACUCAUCAUCUUCUUUAGAGAUAGCUUUAUUCAAUGGUACGAGGCGUUGGUGUUGUUUAUGUUCUAUAUUUUGUAUGUAGGUUUUAUGAAAUGGAACCAGCCGAUGGAGAGGCUAGUCAAGAGGAUAAUCUACAAGAACAAGGUCACCAGAGUCAGGAGCACGGAUCAGCUGAUGCCAACGUCAGCAUCAGUCAGUGUGAUUUUAGACUCUAGCCAAAGUCAGCACGGGACUGUGGCCACAUCGAGCGAAACGAGUGUGGGCACUCAGCCUGGAGGCAGCGUCACUUCUAGGACCGCCUCAGACUGCAACCAGCCUGUAUCUUCGUCGUCUGGACAGCACACCGGUGCCAAAUUCCGCCAUGGCCUGCUACAGCUGAUGAUACACACCAUCGAUCCCCUUCAUGAUGGUCAGUAUGCAGGCAAAGUAGACGAGAAGGCCACCCAACUCCACGCGAUAGCGUCCCUCAAGGUGCUGUUGGACGCCACGAAACCCCAGAACGGAGCCGCCACCAGCACGGCUUCGAACCACCUGAGCAGCACGUCCUCGUCGAAACAGGAGACGGCCCUAGCUCCGGGCAAUCUGGCAGACAUCCCCAACGGCGUGGCUGGAUCUCUGACUGACAGUCUGGACGCCAGACGUAUGUCGUCUGUCCGAGCUCGCAAGUCCUUGACCUCUCAGGCUGUGGUUUGUCUCCAGGUUGGGGAGCCCGAGGAAGAACCUCCGGAAGCCAUGGAUAUGGGAUGGCCAUCGGGAGCUAGAAAGAGAAUCACCUACGUCAUACUUGCACCUAUUGUCUUCCCGCUAUGGCUCACUUUGCCAGACACAAGAUCUCCUAGAGGGAAAAAGUGGUUUCCGGUGACGUUCAUCGGGAGCAUAGUAUGGAUAGCCGCUUACUCGUACUUGAUGGUGUGGUGGGCCAACAUGGUGGGCCAUACGAUCGAGAUACCACCAGAAGUGAUGGGCCUCACCUUCCUUGCAGCUGGCACAUCGAUUCCGGACCUCAUAACUUCUGUCAUCGUGGCCCGAAAGGGUUUCGGAGACAUGGCUGUAUCAUCUUCAGUAGGCAGCAACAUUUUCGACGUUACUGUCGGAUUACCAGUGCCUUGGCUGCUAUUCGCCAUCAUCUACGGCAAGCCUGUGGAAGUGAACUCGGUGGGGAUGGUCUGUUCCAUAACCAUCCUGUUCAUGAUGCUGAUCUUCGUGAUCAUCUCGAUAGCGUGUUUCCGCUGGAAGAUGAACCGAGGGCUUGGUUUCACCAUGUUUUUGCUUUAUUUCGUUUUCGUAGCGGUGUCUCUAAUGUUUGAAUACGAACACUUGACAUGUCCGGUGUAAAAGACCUAGUGUUGUCACCUGUAACAAAGGUUUUACAUAGUUGAUGUUAUGUUGGUAAAGGGAACUUUCAAUAGGAUAUAUUUUGAACCUUUCGAUAGAAACGACCAAACAGAGUACGGGAAAAUAUCAUCAGAAAAGUGCAAAAAUCAGCUGAGAAGGAUCGUAAGGAAAUAUACAGGGUGUGCGAGUUAUUUCUGGCCAAAUUUCACAGACUUAUUUCACAAGCAAUUUGCAACGAAAAAGUUUCUGUAGAAUUUUUCACCCUGAGCAAGGCAUGUUUGUUUACAAGUUAUGCCAUGUGGAAAAAUUGUGAGAUGUUACAAAAUAUAACCACAAAAGACAAUUUAACCAUGAUAAAAGGAACUUUUUGGUUUGAAACUGCCUGUAGAAUCACUCUCGGAAGUUUGGCCAGGGAAAACUUGCACACACUGUGUCUAAACGAAAUGGCAUCUUCUACAAAAGUUCCCAGUUCAUCAAAGGUCAUUUCUAUCGGAAAUCCAUUGUUACUUUUUACAGAUGAAUCGAUAGAUGAAGUAAAACAAUAAUCUGCUAUGGAAUUAUAAUAUUUCACAAAUAUUUGCAGAUUUUUAGGAUAACAUAAAAACUAAGAUGAGAGAAGGAGAAAUGGGAUAAUAAACAAACUAACCACGCUUUUUCGAACAAGUUGAGCGCUGUUGAGUUUCGAAAUUCAGCAGUUUAAAAUACAUAUAAUCAGAAUACAGAAGCGACCACUAGCAAAUAUCUGAGAUGUAAUGUUGCAUGGCACAAAAAUAUCGACUUCCAAAAUUGAUUUCAUGAGGACUAGUUGUUAGAGCAUUGCCCAAAUCAUAUAUAGCAAUAAUGUAUAGAUCAUAGAGGAUGAGAACAUUGAAAAACCGUUUUUUACCGAAACCCAAAGGUUUCACCAUUAAUAUAUUCAGGAAACGUAAAACGAAGUAGUCAGACUUUUGGAUAUUUUUCGUUGAAAUAAUUUCUAGGAUUUUUUGUAGACGAGAGGAGUAAAAUAAUAAGAUUUCAUUUUGAGAUGAGUUGGGAAAUUGGCUGUUGCUGGAAUCAAUAAAAACACUGUUCGUUAUUUGAUGUUGGGUGGUUUAAGCCUGAGUGUUGUAAAUUUUGCCGUAUUUGGAAGAUGCACUUCCUGCAUUUGACGCCAUUAAGAGCUCACACGGUUCAUACAAAUCAAGAAAUGGCUACUAGCAAGCUCAUCGGGGAUUUGACACUAAUAUCCGGAUUUAUUUCAAAUAUUUCGAGUGAAUAAUAAGCUUAGAGUCCAAAAUUGAAAUGGUUCAACCUGCUAGAGCAUUUCAUUUUCCUGACAAUCACAUCAUUUUUCAAUUGGUUCACUGAUUUCAUCGCUAGUUGGGAGCUUACUCGGUUUUUGUUGCAGGGUUCAUCAAAAUGAAAUUAUUUGACAUUAUGAAGUCAGAAGAUGAUGGAUAAGAAAUGUAGCUUCUAGUGUUUAAUGCUUAAGGCAGUAGGUAUUUAGUGAAAGACUGGUUUUUCCUGCCAAUCAUGCUUCAUUAGAUGCACUGUUGUUGUUGAUGUUGAUAUAUAUUUUAUUGUUUUGUCAUCCGUCCUAACACGUGGGAGUAAAUUUUAAAAUCAAUGAUGGCGACUGGAAAAACUCAUUCAUUAUUGAGCUUAUUUUCAAUGUGUUAAAUCCGCGUUUUGAGUCAAGUGAAGGAGGUCAUUGUCUUCCAAUCAAUAUAGGAAACCCAAUGAAAUUCGAUGUUAAUCCCAAUGUCAUGUGUGCCUGUAGAAGUUAUGUGUUUCUUCAAAAAUAUACGCUUAUUGAAUUGAAUUUCAAAACGAGAAAUAUAAUCAACGGCCAAUUUCUUAGGUUUAUAUGAAAACUUCCCGAUGAAUAUGUUGCACUCUAGAUAGAAUAAUAGUGAAAUAUACAUAUCUAUCCUGUAGAUAAAAGUGUAGAAAAUAAGGUUUACAUACAGUAUAUAAUUGUACGAGGAUAAAGGCAUAGAAGUUACUGUAAAUAAAUUUUUGGGCACUAGCGUUUUAGUCGGUCUUUGUUGUAAGUGCCUACAGUUUUUUUGCGUUACCUUUGUGAUACUAAUAGAUAAUUAUCCUUUACUACUUUUAGGAUGUUUUUACGCUAUCGACUUCAAACACGUCUUUGAAAAUUUUCCUGAGUAUAUAAGAUUUCCUCUCAUGCAUGCCUUAACAGGUUUAAUCAGUAGAUGAACCAUGAUAAAUUAUUUUUUCGCUGAAUUGUCCAGCUCAACAUCCGGAACUUCUUUGCGACAUCAUAUCAUCCACAUAUUUUUUUUAGAAUGAAGAUAUUCUCUUCAAUCUAUAAUAUCAGGCUUGAAUCAUUGGACAAAAUCCGGUCCUGUUGAAACUCGUGCUCAAAAAAAAAAUAUAUUCAGGAAAAUAAUGGUGGAGGACCAUUUCAACUGUAGAAAAUCAUAUCACGGUCAGCUUUAGCAUUUUCCGGAAAACUCAAAUUCUCGAUGUCAAUAUCAUAUCCUUGAUUUCAUCAAAAAUUUGCACAUAUCUUUCGUUUUAAAUGGUGCGUUAUUUGAGUCAACUCGGUUUAUCUGUGUUAAUAACAUAAAAUUUCAUGUAGAAAGCUAAAAAAAUUUGUAAAUAGUAGAAACAAAUAUUGUUUCAAGCAUAAUUUCUUCAUUGAUUUGAGAAUUAUGUGCUUUCUCUAGUUCUGAUGCAACUUCGUAAUUUUUCUGAAGGUUUGAUAUUCAAGCCUGUGAAUAAUGAUGAGAUAACUAUGCUUUAGAUAAUAUAAAAAUUUCCUUUCUUCCUCAUCAAUUUCUGAGGUGAAAAAUCAACUGAAAAUCAUGAAUAGAGGAAUAUAUUCACAUCAAAUAUUAUCG